AAGCUCUGGUACAGGCCCGUGACAAACUAUUUGUGUUUUUUUUUUCUAUAUUCGCACCGAUCGCAUCAGCCACAUCCUCAGUUCUUAGUGACUUCCUGUUGUUUCUUUUUUUUUUUUCAGUUCAAACUCUGCACUCUUCACUUCAGCCUCAUCACAGCAGCCGUCUGCACGAUGGAUCUGCAUCUUUGAACUUUGGCACUAAAACAUGAUUUCAUUCGAGAUUACACAGAUUUGAGGAAGUGGUGUCAGGAUUUUGUGACGAUGGCCGCGGACAUGCCCCUCUGCUACCACGGCGCCAUCAGCAAGAAGGACUGCGAGGAGCUGAUGGGGAAGAAGAACAAAGAUGGAGCCUACCUGAUCCGAGACAGCGAGACUUUCCAGGGAGCCAUGUGCCUCUGCGUCUAUAAGAAGCACGUGGUUUACACAUACAGACUGCUCAAGACUCUCCAAGGACAAUACACACUACUGACGAGUGGAGGAGCUCAGGAAAUGUAUUUCAAAUCCUUAGACGAUCUUAUCCAACAUUACAAGAGGAAAAACCAAGGACUGGUCAUGCACCUUCGUCAUUCGAUAAAGAGGAAGACUGCGCUGCUUAUACGGGCCACAACCCAGUGCCACAUCCAGAACCAAGCCCAGAGACCAGUCCAAAUGCCAUCUCGAAGUCCGGACCACAGACUAGAUCAUAGAACAGUCCAGAGUCCACCCCAGAGUCCACCCCAGAGACCAGCCCCAAGACCAGACGAGAGACCAGCCCCGAGAUCAGAACAGAGAUCAGCCCAGAGUCCAUCCCAGAGUCCACCCCAGAGACCAGCCCCAAGACCAGACGAGAGACCAGCCCCGAGAUCAGAACAGAGAUCAGCCCAGAGUCCAUCCCAGAGUCCAUCCCAGAGACCAGCCCCGAGGCCAGACGAGAGACCAGCCCCGAGAUCAGAACAGAGAUCAGCCCAGAGUCCAUCCCAGAGACCAGCCCCGAGGCCAGACCCGAGGCCAGACCAGAGACCAGUCCCGAGGCCAGACCCGAGGCUAGACCAGAGACCAGUCCCAGGACCAGACCCGAGACCAGCCCAGGAGAUCGGGGACCUCAGAUCAGAACUAAACCAGGAGAAGAGGAAGGGUCAGACACAGACAAACUACAGCUACCCUGGACCGGUCCAACAAGUCCAACAUGAAGAAGUGGACUACGAGAAUGUUCCUGACUAUGUGGAGGUGGAGCCGUCGUGAACAGCCUUUGGACUUUGGGCCGUAUCUUUGGAGACUUGUUUCCAUGAAGGACGAACUGAAGAUUAUGGAUAGUUCUACAGUUUUUCAUAGAGUUUUCUCACUGGACAAAGAAAAAACAUUUGUUAUAGCUCCAUUUUCAAAUAAUACGAGCUAUAAAAUGUGACUAAGUGAGGACAAACCCGAGAUCUAAACCAAGUCUGCAGCGUGAAAGCAAAUGGAAGAAUUCACAUUAACUUUGUAAAUACUGCCUCGUUGUCUACUUUUUCAAAGUGGUUCUAGUUAAAGGUGUAUUGCGUCACUUUUUUCUGGCGACGUGUCCACCACCUGCUUGUCUCCACGGAGAUGUUAGUUGCUUUUUCUGGAAUGUUCCACAGUAUGGCAUUACGUGUUACUCUUUAUGUGGUGUAACGUGACCCCACCAUUUACAGGUCAGAGAGGCAUGUUUUUUGUUUGUUUGUUUGUUUUUUUUCAAUUAAAACACCUGUAAUUGAAUAAUGCAAGAUGUGUUUAAUGCCAUACUGUGGAACAUUCCAGGCAAAGCAACAACACUGAUUUUAAAAGACUGUGAAAAAGAAAAUGUUUAGUGCUGAAUUAAGAAAACAUGUUUUAACUAUACAGAAGUGACAACAUUAAAGGUGCAUUGCGUAGGUUUUCUGGCAGAGUUGUCCAUCAAAUGCUUUUUUCUCCGUGGCGACCUCAUUGCUGUUGUCUAGAAUGUUCCACACUGUGGCAUUAAACAGCUCUACAUUACAUUUAUUAGAUUACAGGAGGUUUUACAGCUCAAAAAUACCUAGAAAAACAGAAAAUCUGACUCUGAGCGGAGUCGCCUCUCCACAGAUCUGACCUGUAACUUGGUCUGGUUUGGUUUCCUUGAAGAUAGAAAUGUUUAAUGCCAUACUGUGAAACAUUCAAGACAAAGCAAUAACAUCCAACUCCAUGGAGAAAAGCAUUUGACAGACUCUCCACCAGAACAGUUACACAAUGCAUUCUAAUGGACGGUCCAAACGCUUGUCUUCAUGCAGAUGUUAUUUUAUUUAUUAGUUUGUGUUGAAUGUUUCACAGUGUGGCAUUAAACCUUUCUAUCUUCAUGGAGACCAAACUGGACCAAGUUGCAGGUCAGAUCUGUGGAGAGGCGACCCCGCUCACAGUCAGAAUAGCUGUUUUUCUAGGGGUUUUUGAGCUUUAAAACCACCUGUAAUUGAAUAAAUGUAAAGUAGAGCUGUUUAAAGUCACACUGCGAAACAUUCCAGGCAGAGCAGUAACCAUAGAAACGAGCAGGUGACAUAGUGCACCUAAAUGAAACCCUCCAUGAAAGUACUUCAAGUAUUUUCAGAAUACAGUACUCUGAUUGGACCAUGUAUGGGAGUACGUUACAAAAUACAUUUUAAUUUUAUUUCGUAUUCUGUAAAUAAUACAUUUCCAAAGUAUUUUAAGAGCUAAAUUAAAUGUGAUUAAUGAGUAAAGUGGGAAGGGAAUAGAGUUAUUUAAACUUAAUGUAAUUUGUAUAAGUACUUGUAUAUAGAUUGCAUUGUUUUAUUGUGUAUUUUGUGUUUUAUGUCUCAAGAACUGCGGGUGGAAGUUAGCUCUGAGAGUUAUAAUCUGGUACAAAGCAUCCCUCUGAUGUUUCUCUUUGUACAUGGUCCCUGUAAAAUAAAAUAAAUAAAAAGAAUAAUCAAAAACAUAAAAACAAAUGUGGAGAAAAAAAACCCCUCUUACCAGAAAACUCAUUGUGUUACUAUAACUUUAACAGCAUAAUCAAAACAGAAAAUGAAUUCAAAAGACCCUCACUUGGUUUUAACACAUUUGUGAGAAAAACCUGAGGUGUCAAAAGUGAAGUCAACAAAAGCUUAAAGAUCUCAUUUGUUUUUAACUAUUUCAGAGUCGAUGGGAAAAAUAAGUAAGUAGCAUGUGGUGCUGUGGUGAGCAACAAAUUUGAUGCAUGUUUUUUCUUGGUAUUACCAGUCAUGUGGUAAUAUUUUUGUACAUAUUUUUUCAGGGCACGAGCUUUGAGCGUCUGAAAGCGACUGCUGCUCAGAGUUAACCACAUUCACACCAUUGGGUCUUAUCUGUCCACAUGCAACUGCAUCUACUCUUACAAAACAGAACAGUGUAGUCAUGUGUCUACAGUACAAUGUUCUAGCUUCAGUAAAAAUGAAACAAAACACCACGAUAACUGUUUUUGUAUAUCUUGAAAUCUUCCGUGUGUUUAUUGUACAUUUUGACAGAAGACACAUUGAAAGUGAGUUGGUUUACAGUUUUACAGUUUCAUUUGCUCAUUUUGUAAACACAAUUAUAACACUAAAAAUAACAAAAUUGGAGUGCUGCACUGGAUCAAAGAAAAUUACGCAUAACAGGUGCUCAUCAUACCGGAGGGCUAGAUUCACGUAAAAUAGAAAAAAGAAGAUGGCAGAGGCA